CCUGUCCCCCUCCUGGUGCUUCGGGAGAGAGGGAAGCCAUGGCGGGCGAGUACAGGCUCCUGCUCGAAGGCGCCCAGCAGCUGGGGCCGGUCUGCACCCGGGGCGAGAAAUACCUGCUGGAGGUUGGCAUGCAGCGCUUGCCCGUGCUCGAAAAUGCCAGCGUGGUGAUUGGCAAAGAUGGCUAUAUAAAGGCAGUUGGGGAUGUAAGCACCAUUCGCAAGCAAUUUUCAGGAGCGUCUUUUGAAAAAAUAAUUGAUUGUUCAGGAAAGUGCAUCUUACCAGGUCUGGUAGAUGCUCACACACACCCAGUAUGGGCUGGUGACAGAGUCCAUGAAUUUGCAAUGAAGUUGGCAGGUGCCUCCUAUAUGGAAAUUCAUGAAGCAGGAGGGGGAAUACAUUUUACUGUGGAGCACACUCGGAAAGCUGGAGAAGAGGAGCUCUUUCAAAGUUUGAAACAGCGGCUGCUGCGAAUGCUUAGAGCAGGCACCACUUUGGUGGAAUGCAAAAGUGGAUACGGUUUAAACCUUGAAGCAGAAAUCAAGAUGCUCAGAGUAAUUGAGCGAGCCAGGCAGGAGUUGGACAUUGGUAUUUCCUCCACUUACUGUGGAGCCCAUUCUGUUCCAAAGGGCAAAAAUGCCACUGAAGCGGCUGAUGACAUUAUAAACUUUCAUCUUCCUAAACUGAAAGAACUUGACCUAAAUGGUGAAAUACAUAUUGACAAUAUAGAUGUCUUCUGUGAGAAGGGUGUCUUUGAUCUGAAUUCUACCAGAAGAAUUCUUCAGAUGGGGAAAGAUAUUGGUUUACAAAUUAACUUCCAUGGGGAUGAACUGCAUCCAAUGAAAAGUGCAGAGCUUGGAGCUGAGCUAGGAGCACAAGCUGUUAGUCACCUGGAAGAAAUUAGUCAUGAAGGCAUUUCUGCAAUGGCUCAGGCAAAGUGUGCAGCUAUCCUGUUGCCAACCACUGCCUACAUACUGAGACUGAAACAGCCUCAGGCUAGAAAAAUGUUAAAAGAAGGAGUGAUUCUUGCUCUUGGUAGUGACUUUAACCCUAAUGCUUACUGUUGUUCAAUGCUGAUGGUAAUGCAUCUGGCCUGUGUAAACAUGAAAAUGUCCAUGAAAGAAGCUUUAGCUGCUGCCACCAUUAAUGCAGCUUAUGCUCUUGGGAAAUCACACACGCAUGGUUCCAUAGAAGCUGGCAAGCAAGGAGAUCUGGUUAUCAUUAACUCGCCUAGAUGGGAACAUGUGAUCUAUCAAUUUGGUGGCCAUCAAGAGCUGAUUGAGUAUGUAAUCGUUAAAGGAAAGGUUGUCUAUGAAAACAACAGGAUUCUGGAUUACUAAGGCAUUCCUGGAAGACCAAAUACGGCAACUGCUAGAAUCCCCAAAGCACAAACGGAUGAAGCAGAAAUCCAUGAUCCAGGGAAUAUCAGUCAUACAAGAACUACACAUUAUAUCACAUCACCCUCACUUACUGUGGAUAAAAUACCAAAUUUCACGGAUUUUAAUUCUCCUUCUGGUGUUUUUGCAUGAGGAAUAGCAAACCAUAUGUUAACUUUAGACAUCUUUCUGAUAUUUUAAAAUAAACUUGCAUGUGUAUAAAAUGUGGCUUUGUUUAUUAAUGAAGGUGGUGGCCUCCAUCCUCUUAUAUAAAGACUCCUAAAAUAUAUCCUUGCAGUGAUUCUUCACAUAUUUGAGAAUUUUUUCCAACUCAAUAACAAUUCAUUCAAUUCAUCAGUAACAAAUGCACUACGUAAGACAGAACACAGUGCCAAGAUUCAGAGAUGUGUGUUUAUCAGGUUUUGAGCUUCUGUUUUCAGUUUCUUUUAAAUAGCAGUCCUCAACCCACUAUUUACUGAGAGGACUUCUCAGAACAGGUUGUAAUCUGGCAUUUUUGCAGGAUGGCAGGAUCUGUUUUUAAAAAACUUUCCUAAAUAUAUUGGCUUUUGUCAGGUCCCCCGGGACUAGAAAACAGAGCCCUUAGGCUUGAGUGUUGUUUGGCAGUUGGAAAUCUGUGGUUACAGAUAGCGUAGUUACCCAUAAUUAAUUUUAAAAAUUAGAGCAGUAUGAAACUAAAUUCUAAACACAAUGUGAUAAGUGGAAAUUAUGCUAAUUUUUGGUUUAAUGAAUAACAUUUUAGUUAUUUUAAAGGGAAUUUUGGGAGGUAUUUUCUAGGGUAGCUUCAUUCUUCUUCAGUUGUGUUAACAGAGCAAAGAGAAGCUAUGUUAACUUAUUCAGCUUCUGAAAAGUAUAAUAGCAGAUUAUGCUUCAGCCUUUGGAAGUAAAUCCAAUGCACAUUUCUUAUUCUAAGAAAAUAAGAAAGCUAGUGUUCCUUAGUUUUAGUUGAAUAAGCUGGGGAUGUAGGGAACAAUGGCUCUUCUCUCACUUUUGGAAACCAAAGUUGAGGAUAUCCUAAAAUAUAGGCUAGGUGGGCUCUCCUCCUUCUCUCCCCAUGCAAAGACAUGUGUCUCCUUCGGUGUAAGCUGAGCCGAGCCUGGGCACCUCCAAGAAUUUGACUUCUCCCUCGACUUUUAACCCAUCAUUCCAGCUGCUUGUUCUAGGCUCACUCUGCAGCUUCCUAUAGCUGGUAACGCCCAGCCUCUUGAAUGGCAUUCUUCAUGCUGGAGUUGCUCCAUUAUUUAGAAAAAAAAUAUAUGCUAUUCUAAGGGGGGGGGUAAAUACAACUGUGUGAAUCUGGUACAAAGAGUGGUUGUCUCAGAGUUAAUGUUGGUGGGACACUCAACCUAUCUUAAAUGGUGGGAGUUCCUAAUUUUUAAUCAAAUUAUUUUUGUGGUGUUUUUGUGAAUAUAUCUAUAGAACUAUGUGUAUUUAUAUAUGAAUAUAUAGGCGCUUUGUUAUGGAACAACAUUCAGUUACUUCUGGCCAGCAGUUAAUGAGUUGCUGCUGUGACUGUUGAUAGUGAAUUGACUGAAUGUUAUACUGUUUGCUUUCCACAUGUGUAAUUAAGCAACAAGGUAUCAGCCAUGGGAUUUCAGAUGUAUACAUAAAAACACAAGGCUUAAGUUUUCUGCCCUAUUGCUGCUGGUUUUGUUUACAAAAGUUCAUUUCAUGCUAUUAUUGUAUUGUGGUCUGUACAGUUGCAGCCAGCCCACAUAUUCAGAAGCUAUACAGGGUUAUAUACUAGGAUACAGAUUAAGAUAGGAUUCAGAGGUUAUUCAAGGAUAAAAAGAAAAAAAAGACAAGCAUGGAUUCAUAAAAGGCAACAGAUCUCCUCUGCAGGGGAGAACUUUCGGACUUCCGUAUUUGAUCAUUGUCAAAAUACGUUGUACUAAAUAUACCACCCUGCCAUCCAUCACACAGAAUUUUAAAGGUCAUGUUAAACAGG